UCUGGUACUGGGUUUAUCUCCUUUUUAUCGUAUGUAUACUGAACUGAAAGUAGGUGAUCAUAUUUGCCCCUUUAGCAUGCUGUUUGGCUGUUCUCGUCAGUAGUAUUGUCACUCGUACAGGAAUACUGAUGCACCAUUAUGCAUUGACUGAUACUAAUGAGCCUUGGCACUGUGGAGUUUGUUAUGCGCUUGUUGGGAGAUUUUUGGCAUCCAAUUGAACGUGACAUGCCUUGUCUGGUGACACAUAACAUGAGGGUUCGUCUGAUUGCUUUUAAUGUUUAGAUGACCCACAUGAAACUCUGUUAUGCUAUUUAAUUAGCCAGUAGUUUUCCCUUUCAUAUUUGGAGACCUCUGUUGAAGUCCAAACUUUUCUUAGCUCGACGCUGUCUGAAUGUAUUGUGACUUUGUGAGCGUUUCUGGCUGAUCAUUCCAUUUAGUUUCUUCUUUCCUUGUCGACCAUGCAGAGUUAACCAGGUUGUAGCGGGCAUGCUGUCCAACUGAUUAAUCAAAUAAUGGACAAUGAUGUAUCAGGAUUGGCUGGCUUUCCUUGAAGGAUAUCCUUCGCCUGUAAGUUUCCUGCUGCAACUUGCGAGCUGUACCUGUACAUGUCAUGGCGUGGAUUGUUGAUUUGAACCUCGAGCCAAUGAGUUGAACGCAAGUGACAAACCGUCGCAACUGCGAACUACCUGACGACGACUUCAUCUCCAUCCUAGUAGUUCGUUGUGCUUUUCAGUUGGAAAAGGACCGCCUUUAAAUGCUGACUGACCAAGAGACGCUGCGAGCUCACAUCCAGGAAGAGUUUUCCUCAAAAUGGAGAUAUGAAUAAGAGCUACUCCAGUUGUUAGUAGCGGAAGUCAAUUUCGGAGAAUUGUUGUAUGCACUGAAGCUACCGUUGCAAAUAUACGAGUACUAGGAUUACAUGUAAACACAGAGCACAAGUGCACGCAGGCACGGUGCACACAUCGUUUUCAUUCGGCGGGUCGACGCCGCCAUCAGAGAAGUUAUUCAUCGUUUUCGUGGUUCAGUUUCUCUCGUGCUUGUUGUUAGUCUCAUCUGUCCGUGGUCUAACGAUGACACAUCAAGUUUAGCUGACUGUCCAGUGUCUAGUACCCUACCAUAUGAGAGACGGCACUGUCAGUACACGGUACACCUGGCCUGUCCUCCCGAUCGCCCUGUGAAGAAAUAGUUGCGCUACAGUCAUGCAAGUGACCUGACCUACCUUACGGCCGCAAUGCGCCAUUGUCGUGCUCAACUGAAGCACCAUCAGGCAUCCCAGAAAUUUUGCGAGGUUCCAUCACGAAACCUACAAGCCAUGCUACUGCUACCCUUGCUGUUCCGUCCACGGCUCACGCCUCACGCCACCAUGAGCUCUCAUCUCCACGCUUUUGAUGUUCACCGCAGUUAGGCAGCUCACGCAGAUGGUUUCCUUACUGAUGACCUGAUCGCCUAUUUAAGAUUACAGUGUCACCAUGAGCUCAUCUGCAGCGGUAAAUAUACUGUAACAUCAGAGUGACAGAGAGUGAGUGAGUGAGUGACAGGCAGCUAGCAUGAAGACGUCCUGCUUCCUGCUGGUGCUCCUGCUCGCCGUGGCCACGGGGAGCAGGCUCUCGCUGGCCGCCCGCGAGGGCGGCAGCCUGGGCCGCGAGCUCGGCGAGCUCUUCGCCAAGGCCGGCAACUUCCUCACCUCGGCGGGCCGCGCGGGAGCGGACGGGUGGCACUCCGCCGCGGUGACGACGGAGGUGGAUGCGUCGGCGACGUCGACCCUGAUGAGGCACGGCCACGGCGCCCGGGUGGGGGCGCGGAAGCGGCUGAAGAAGGCGUCGGUGAACUGCAUCCCGGCGGACAUGUGCCGGAAGAAGAAGGUGCUGUGCGGGAAGCGGUGCUACAGGACGUCCUCGCACGCCGCCGGCGCCGGGGCUGGCGUCGAUCACAUCCCCUCGAACCGGUGCGUCGUCCGGUGCAAGAAGUGCGUGCCCACCUGCUAGAUACCCCGGCCGUGCGUUGCACGGGGCUCAUGGUCGCGCCAUCCCUUCCUGUUUGAUCGGGCCGUUCCUCGUCGUGUCGUGAUCGAUCCAUGUUAGCUUCCUUUGAUUUCCUUAGGGUUCAUGCAUCAGUUGAAUAAACAGGGCAAGCCUCUCGUGCCCUCGUGCA